UUAUCGAAUUUUCGUAACUUGUUUUUAUUAUGUUGCUUUCUGUUUCUGAAUUUUCAAUCUAUUUCAUUUGCAACCUGCUUCCCAGUUUUUAGUUCGUUUAUUCAACUUUACUCUUUGACCUACCAGGCAUUAAAUGAUUGUUCCAGUUUAAAUUUUUCAUGAUCAGUCGUGCUUUUUUCUUUUUUCGCUGAGAUAAAAAAAAAAUAACCAUGUGAUGCCGGCUGGUUUCGAUUUCAAUUGUGAAACUUGUCAUCCCACUUCAGCGCGAAAUUAAUCAUUUCUUUUUAGUAACGACCUAAAAACCUCAGGAAUUUUAAGCCGUUUCAAACCUGAUUGAUCUUUCAAGCAAAGAUAAACAAAAAGAUAAGAUAAAGAUCGUGAAAUAUUUUAAUUGUUGUGUCUUGUCAAAUAUGAAAAUGAAAUUAUUUUGUGGAAUUGAAGGGGGAGCAACUAUAACUAAAGUAGUUUUGUUUAAUGAAGAUGGAGAUGUUAUUGCUUCAACUGAAGGUCCGUCAACUAAUAUUUGGCUUGAUGGUGUUGAUGUUUGUCAUAAAAGACUGUAUGACUUAAUUGAGAAAGCUAAAAGUCAGGCUACUUUAAGUAAAGAAGUAGUCUUAGAUGGACUGGGUAUGUGCAUGAGUGGUUGUGAGGAAGAUGAGGCUAAUAGAAAGUAUGAGCGAGAAUUUAUGUCAAAAUACCCUAAUUUAACAAAAAGUUGUACAAUUGCUAGUGAUACUGUUGGCCCAUUAUAUACUGUCAGUCCUAAGGGUGGAAUUGUUCUUAUUGCUGGCACUGGAUCGAAUACAUUGCUCAUUAAUCCAGAUGGUACAACAGGACGAUGUGGUGGUUGGGGUCAUCUCAUUGGAGAUGAAGCAUCUGCUAUGUGGAUAUCCAUGAAAGCUGUGAAAGCAGUUUUUGAUGAUGAAGAUAAUUUAAACAAGUCUCCCUAUGAUGUGGCCAAGGUGAAAGAAUUAAUGCUGCAGCAUUUCGAAAUUAGCGAUAAAUUUGGAAUACUGGAGCACUUUUACACCAAUUUCAAUAAAUCUAGAUUUGCAGGACUUUGUAAAAAACUGGCUGCUGCUGCUUCUGAAGGAAAAGAUCCACUUUGCUGUAAUUUGUUCUAUGAAGCUGGUGUAGCUUUAGCUAAAAUGGUCAUAGCACUCAAACCAAAAAUUCAUGAAGAUUUGUUGAAAUGUCAAUUUGGUUUACCCAUUGUCUGUGUUGGAUCUGUCUUCAAAAGUUGGCACUUAUUAAAAAAUGGAUUCAUAGACACGAUUAUUUCACACUAUGACAAAUUCACUUUAAUGACCUUAAAUUGCUCAUCAGCUCUGGGGGCUGCCUACCUGGGUGCCAAAGCAACAGGAUUCUCAUUGCCAAUCAAACACGAAAAGAACUCUUCCAUUUUGUACUCUCAUGGUACAAGCUAAGUUUUUUUACUCUAAGGAAUAAUUGGUUUUAUUUGUGAGUGAUUUUUGUUGAUUUGUUGCUGAAGUAUCAUUAAAUUAAGUACAAUCGAAUAAAUUUUUUAAGUUUUGUUGA